AUGACAAUCCGUCUACAGAACGGAUUGCCCACCAGGGUGGCGGCAUCCAAGUAUGGCGGUGGCGGGCUCACCCUGGGCUCCGGAGUCACGGUGAGGCGCGGCAUGAAGUGCGCGGGGGUCGCGGGCGGCGCCGCGCCCAGCGACGAGUUGCUGCUCGGUGGCUGCUGGCUCGACCCCAAGCUCGACCACUCAUCCCCUCCCCCCACCUGCCACGAGCUCCUCGACUCGCUCCUCGCUCCAACACCUCUCGCCGAACUUAAACCCUUACCCCCUUUCACCGGUUACACCGGACACCUAUCUAUUAAUGGCAUCUCCGGCCACCACUACCAUGCCAUUGCUCAACGUCUUCCUGAGGAGAAUAACAACUACCCCACUCAAAGCGGCUAUGGUGCCGAUCACGACGUCGUGUCAUCCUCGACGUGCCCGGCUGAUGCUGAACCACCAGAUCUCGAAGAUGUGAAACCUUUCUUAGAUGCACCUGAUACAAAACCCUUCGCAGAAACGUCGGGCCCCGAUGCUGCAGACUCCUGUGUGGCAUCAUGCUCACCUCCGGCUAAGACGUACGAAGACGGGCAUAAGCAACAUAUGUACGACUGCUCAAUAGAGGAUAUAGCAGCAAUAAUCGGUUCUGCAAUGGCUGACACAACAGUCCCAUCGCAACCUGAAGACCCAGAAAGGAAUGACUCCAGAGAUAGUUGGAUGGACAUCGACGCAUGGAUCACAGGCGCUUGCAGUCAACCUGGCGAAAAAAUCGUACCCCAAGAUCUUGAAUUUGAUGUACCCAGUUCCCCGCCUUCAGCACCCUCUAAUCAUACGUCGAGUCUCGAUUUUCCUUGCAAAGGGCAGGAGUUUACGAAGAGCCAAGAAUUUCAUUUGAAAAAUCUCGGACAAGCGGGGCCCACGCUACAGUCGUUAUUGACACAUGGGUACAUGCCUCUCUUACAAAACCGUUUGCAGAACGGACCUCCCGUGAAACAAGAGGCCCCGAGCUCGACCAGUUACGGGAUGGACGUAAUAUCGACGUCUUCUCCUCCUGGUAACGCUGUGUCCACUACUGAUGGCGUUGGUGGAUUGCUUAAUGGCCGAUACGCACCGCAUUACACCCUGGGCUUGAAACCCGAUGGCUUGUGCAGUCCAGAAAGACUGCUAUACUCCCAUGCACACACAACCACUUCCACACCAGUAAGUAAGCCAAAACGUAGUAGAGUUAAGGCGAAACAGACGAACAAUGGCGGGCACUUGCAUGGAAGUUCGCUGGCGUUCCCUUCAGCAACAGCAGCAGAGUUGAGUGGACUGCUCGGGAAGGAGAAGCCGGUUCACCGGUGUGGGAUAUGCAAUAGAGGAUUCUUGAACAAAUCAAAUAUUAAGGUACAUUUGAGGACGCAUACGGGAGAAAAGCCGUUUAGAUGCGACGUGUGCGCGAAGGCGUUCCGUCAGAAGGCGCAUCUUAUCAAGCACCAACAGAUCCACAAGCGGAUCGGACGGGACUAG